AUGUCCUGGGCCAACCACAGCAGCUCGGUUCCCCAGUGGUUCUUCCUGGUUGGCGUCCCAGGCCUGGAGGAGUUCCACCUCUGGUUCUCCAUCCCGCUGUGCCUCAUGUACGCCGUGGCUCUGCUUGGCAAUCUGGCGCUCCUGGUGGCCGUGGCCCUGGACCCUGCCCUCCACCAGCCCAUGUAUGUCUUCCUUGCCAUGCUGGCCGCCACCGACGUGGUGCUGUCCUGCUCCACUGUGCCCAAAGCCCUCAGCAUCUUCUGGUUCCGCUCCGGGGCCACCUCCUCCGGGGCCUGCCUCGCCCAGGUGUUCUUCGUCCACUUUGCCUCCGCUACGGAGUCGGGCAUUUUGCUGGCGAUGGCCUUCGACCGCUACGUGGCCAUCUGCAAGCCCCUCAGGCACGCGUCCAUCUUGCCACGCUCCGUGAUUCAGAAGAUAGGGCUGGCGGUUCUCCUCCGCGGGUUCUCCGUUGUGGUGACCUUUGUGUUCCUCCUGCGCAGGCUGCCGUAUUGCGGACACCAGGUCAUCCCACACACGUACUGCGAGCACAUGGGGGUGGCGCGCCUGGCCUGUGCCGACAUCACCGUCAACGUGGUGUACGGCUUGACCGCCGCUCUGUCCACCCUGGGGGUUGACUCUGUGCUCAUCUGUGUGUCUUACGUGCUCAUCGUCCGGGCGGUCUUCCGGCUGCCCUCCAAAGAAGCCCGCCUCAAGGCCCUGGACACCUGCGGCUCUCACCUCUGUGUCAUCCUGAUGUUUUACACCCCUGCGUUCUUCUCCUUCUUCACUCACCGGUUUGGUCACAGUAUCCCGCGCCACCUGCACAUCCUACUGGCCAACCUCUACGUGAUUGUGCCCCCAAUGCUCAACCCUGUCAUCUAUGGGGUGAAAACCAAGCGGAUUCGUGAAGGGGUCGCACGCUGGUUUUUGCAGGCGGGGAAGCACUUCUGA